AUGACAUUUUCGGGAACAAAUUUGCAAUCAGGUAAACGUCAAAGGGUGCAAAAAGCAUGUAUACCUUGCAGAAAACGUAAAAGAAAAUGUGAUGGUAAGCAACCUUGUGGGAUGUGUUCUGAUUAUGGAUAUGAGUGCCAGUAUACUUAUGAUGAUGGACCUCUGACAGAAUUCAAAGUAAAGCGUCUGGAAAAAAGGUUAUUCGCUGGGCGUGAUGAAGUGUCUGUUCCCGUUGCACAUUUGACAGCUGAAGAGAGUAAAAAACAUACUGCUAAUGAGCAAAAGGCUGAAGAGAGUAAAAAACAUACUGCUAAUGAGCGAAAGGCUGAAGAUACACGCCCCGUUAAUUUGACCAAAUCUACUGAUCAGCAUUCAGCGGUGGGAUUUCCGCGGACACUGGGUCUCGAACUUCAAUCUGCCAACCCACCACGUUUGCACUCUUUUGGUUGGCAUUGUGGCGUCCGACCUGAAGAAAAAUCAAGUAAACACGGCCCCUUGUCUGAAUUACUGACAGUGGAGGAAUGUCGUCGCUUCACCAAAGUUUUUUUCACAGUUGUGCAUCCAUUUUUUAAUUUCAUAGAUGAGGAUAAACUUAAGUUAGAAGUGGAAAAAUGUUGGAACGGAACUGGAGAAAACUCAGAUUAUGGAGCCGUUAUUGCAGGGGUCAUUUCUUUGGGAUCGUUUUUCUCAGGAACCCUUGGGCAUCCGCGGGAGCUGGAUAUCGUCAAAUAUGCUAAAUGCAUUUUAGAUGAUCCUGCUUUCAGUCGUGUUCCCUCUAUUGAACAGGUCUCUGCGUGGAUCUUGCGAACAAUUUACCUCCGUACAGCUGCUCCUCCGCACGUAGCAUGGCUCGCUAGCUGUACUUCUCUUCAUCUUGCAGAGGUAAUUGGGCUCCAUCAGGAAAUUGACGGGGCUGAUUUCGACACAAAUACGAACUCUCGUUCAAGAACUACGAUAUAUGUGCGUGAGUAUGCUAGAAGAAUAUUUUGGUGUGCAUGGACAACAAACACGAUCCUUUCGUAUGACUACGGGUGCACAAGUGUGAAUAUUAACAAACGUACUUGUAAAUCCGUUAAAGAAUCAAAAAGUGAUUAUCUAGCACACCUGGUGAAAUUAGCCCAACUUAUUCCAAGGGAGUACUCGAGUUUAGAUCCUACAAUUCAAACAACGGAGUUGUUAAAUGCUUUAAAGUGCGUGUACGACUCGCCGGAUGUUCAUGCUUUCAUAUCUCUAACUAAGGCUGAUCUGUGUCUGUCUUUUUAUAGAAGACUAAGACUGCUAAAUCAUGUUCUUGAUAAAGGAGUCAUACUUCAAAUCACAAGCAUUGGAAACACAGCACUAUCAGCGGCUUAUCAUCUAGCUAAAAUAGAUCAAGCGUGGUGGAGUGUGUUAAGUACCUCUUUCCAAUAUGUCUGUGUUCUUCUUGCCAUUGACACGCCUGAAAGUCUUUUGCAUGUUACUUCAGCGAUGAGUAUGCUUGAUAGCAUCGUCCAAACUUUAGGAACUACGGUAGCUCUUGAGGCGCAGAAUACAGCAAAGCUUCUACUUCAAGAUUUACUGAAGAGAAAAAAUCGACAAAUUCAGCAAUUGGAGAGCGCCACGCAUCCAGAUCCUUUGCCACAGGAUAAUCGUUUGCUUGAUAUUGAUUGGGAUGUACUGCUUGACCCAUCUUAUACAUUCAAUUUCCUAUGA